CCUUGGACUUGAAUUACCAAUGGCAGUCUUCAGAGGAACUUUCUUAGGUCUCGUAGUUGUGACAUUGGUGGUCUCAGCCACGCUUUCCGCCGCUCACCUGGAGGGUUUCAACUUUGGGUCGGUUGGGUCUCAAGGUCUUUUCCCAGAAUUCUAUCAAUCCUCGUGCCCUCAGUGUUGUGUUAAUGACAUUGUCAUCUCCAUGUUACAGCGGGCGAUUGAGAAGGUUCCCCGGGUGGCAGCCUCUUUGAUAAGGCUUCACUUCCACGACUGUUUUGCUCUGGGUUGUGACGCCUCGGUGCUGUUAGACAACAGCACGAUAAUACGGAGCGAAAAGGGGGCAAAACCAAACGUGAAUUCUCUGAGAGGGUUUGAAGUAAUCGAUGAGAUCAAGGCCAAGGUAGAAGAAGCAUGUCCCCUGACAGUGUCAUGCGCUGAUAUUGUCGCUCUUGCUGCUAGGGGAUCCACUGUACUAAGCGGUGGACCUGACUGGGUGUUGCCACUAGGAAGAAGGGACUCCAUAACUGCGAGUGCAGAAGCAUCAGAUAGCGACAUUCCAGCACCAAUACCCCUUCUCUCAGCCCUAAUAACCGCCUUUGAGCGUCAGGGUCUUGACGAAACAGACCUGGUUGCCCUGUCAGGAGCGCAUACAAUGGGGUUUGCCAAGUGUCGGUUGGCCAGGAAAUCUGUUUGCCCUGGCGGAGGUGGCGACAACACCACUGCUCCCUUGGACGUUGUUUCCCCUACAAGGUUCGACAACAGCUACUUCAAGCUUAUAGUUGGGGGACAUGGACUUCUCCCUUCAGACCAAGUGCUUCUGACUGGGAAGGGAAGGCAGGCGGCUGAGCUGGUGAACACCUACGCAGCUAAUGAGAGUUUAUUCUUUCAGCAGUUUGCUAAGUCCAUGGUUAAGAUGGGGAACAUUAAUCCUCUCACUGGAUCAAAGGGACAAGUCCGGAAGGACUGUCGCCACCUUAAUUAA